AAAUGCAUACAUUUUCAGACAAAUAUUUUAAUAUAAUAAAAUAAAGUUUUAACUAUUAGUUUUAAGUGCAAUGAUUUGUCUGUAUGUAAUGCCUGUGUCUUUUCUCCUUUUCUUCUGGAGUGCUGAAAAUAAGCUUGCACUCUGCACAAUGACACCACAGAGAAUCAAUCAGUAAAAAGGGGAUAUGGCUGCAAGGUGAUAAUUCUAGUUUUUCAAUUUAUUUGACAUUUGUUUAAUUCCGACACCUUGUGCACACAACACACUACUUGGCACCAAAAGUUGGAAAGUUCACAUUGUGAUCUGAUUAGUCCCACAGGACUAAUUUUAAAUGGGUGACUGUGGAAUGGUGUGUGGCAGUAGUAUUUCCAUUGCACAGUUGCCAGGGAAAAUAAUGUAGGCCUACUACUGCCCUGUGGACAGCCAGAGGGGUGGCAGAAACUUUAGAGUGCAGUGGAGAUAAAAAAGCGUGACAAGCACAUGGUGUGCAGGGUGGAGAGAUGGCUUAGUAUGGAGUUGUCAACAAAGCGUCAGCUGAGGGUUGGGCGGCUCAGCUACGUCCCUGUGUAGAAUUAAAAAAGAUAGAAGAGUACAGAUUUUCUUCUUUAGUGUCUGGACAGUGGCUUUUUUCUGUAACUGUAAGAAUGCAGUGGAAAACUGGGUUGACAUGUAGUAUGUGCUGCACUGUCAACCAUGGUUAUACAGUAGUUUAACCUUUAACUCUACAAUUCUGAAUUACUGCACUUGUUUUCUUCCUCAAAUGUCUUAACGCAUAAGCGCCAUCUUUGUCUUUCUAUUUUCUAAUUGUACAUGACCUUGACCUCUGACCUUCCUGCAAGAGAAAUACAAAGUAAAACACGCUCGCUGAGAGAAUUCAGUUGUCAUUCUAAGUUUAAAUAAUGCUGUGGUUGCAAAUAAAAAAUCUGACUUCUACUCUUCCAUCUUCUCAUGAUGUGAACAGCUAUAGUGGAUCUGUUUGCCAUAGUUCUGUGGCCUCUCACUGGUGCUUUGUGGGCCGGUCUCAGCGCCCCUCCAUAACAGGUCAUGGAAUCUCUGACGUUAGAUGCCAGCCCUCCUAAUAUGCACCUGUCCCUUUGCGUCACGCCAUGCUCCCAAUAUGAAAAGCGUGUGAUUGUUUUCCGAAUGAGACAGUGUGCGUAGAUAGUGGACUGGGACUAUAUAUCCUCCAUGGAGGUUCUGUUCCCAUUUCAGCUGCAAACAGACUCACAACUUCAGAUUGCACACCACGGGAUACUGCUUUUUUUUGCUUCUCUUCCAAUAUAACAUGGAGGCAUCACCUUGUGCCCAGAUAGUUACUAGCCACACAGCAUCUCUGUUGAUGAGCCUGAACCUCCAAAGACAGCGAGCUCAGUUCUGUGACUGUGUGGUCAGACAGAGGCAGAGCCCAGGUCAACUGUAUCCUGCACACAGGUGUGUCCUGGCAGCUUCUAGUCCAGUGCUUUCAUCUAUCUUGUCCUCCUCUGGUGCCCUGGUGGAACUGCAGGCACCUUGUCUGACUGGUUCUGUGCUGGCUCUUCUUUUGGACUACAUUUAUACUGGGAAUUUGCCAUUCUCACGAAUCCAGCAGUACUACUACAGCUUGCUCACUAGCGCUUGCUACCUGCAGAUGGAUGAACUGCAAGAGGCUUUAAGGGCAUGGCAGAAGACUAAGGCGAGUGAUGCAGAUAAAACAAAUGUUUCCACCGGAAAUGAGAGUGAGCUGUGUAGAAACGUUAUCUGUACAGCUACAACAAACUCCUGUAGUAAGCAUCUACCUUCAACAUGCAGCGUGGAUGCAUUACCAAGACAGGAGGAAACAGGAGGGCCGCUGGAGAGAGUGGAUCAUCCGUAUUCAUGUGAUGAAGUGCAAAUGCAUUCAACGAGUUUGGAUUCCUGUAUUAAAAGCACAAAAACAGAUAUAAGUGGUAUAAAUGGUACAAACGGCUGUAGUAGCAGCUGUAUUUUAAGUAACUGCAGUAGUAUAUCAGAGGACUACUCUGAUGGUGUCAACGCUGGAAAGUGCACACCACUAAAUUAUCUGACACCUCAAGAUUUCAUUCAAAAUAUCCCUGACUCCGCUGAAGAGCAUAUAGUGUCCGAAGUGGACAAAGAGGUGCAGAAGGAUCAGUUUCAUUCAGCUGGCACAGAGACCUGGCAGACGAGCACAGAAGAGGAGCUGGAGAGGAAAGUGGAGGACAAGAGGAAGUCAUCAUCCCCCCCUUCUUCAUCGCCACAUCCGUACUGUGAGGCAGUGCCUGUCAUACGCCACAGCAGUACAGCAGAUAUGCACCAGCUGGCAGAGGUGCCUCCGUACCAUUCAAUAUCCAAGGCCUCAGUCGAUUCCAGCAGAGCUGCCAUCCCACGAUUAGCAAGCAAAGACAUUGAUGACAUUGCUGAGGGUGUUACUACUAAGCACAAAAAUCACCAUGGGGAACAGGAUCAGGAUGACAGAAUCUGUGAGUACGUGACAGGAACACAGAGUUUGGAUAACAAGAAUAGCUCAGAUCACUGCGCAGAACAGGAUAUAUGCUACAGAUCUAGUAGAGAUCAAUCCGACACGUUAGAACAACAAUACAGCAGCAAUGGAGAUUAUUUUAUGAAACAAAAUGAUGAACAUGUGGACAAUGGAUUAUCCCACAAUACGGAUCAUAAUAACCACCACGCUCACUGUGAUUCCUUUCAGAGUAAAGAUCACACAAAAUAUCUUGGAGAUGAUUCAGUGCCACAGAAUAAGAUUUGCGGCAAAUUCAUCAGGGGAUUGAAGCAUAAAGCUGAGCUCAGUUUCGAUGAUUUACCCUCCAAACAUCAACAACUGGACUGGUCUGACGGUCCCAACGUCUCAACGUCAGCUGCAGCAGAGGAGACGGUCUCCCAAGACCUGAGAGACGCAGCUCCACUUCCUGAGGAGAUGUCGGACACAGGAAGUGGCUCUCAGGGGGACGCCAAUGACAAACAAAGUUAUUCCAGCAGGGGUCCGGCUAAAAUGGAUAGACAGGAGCUCCAUUGUAACCUCUAUGAAUCAAGGAAAGAUUGGUUCCCAACACUGCACAGAGCCCAGACAAGCACAUACGAUACUGUCUCUGCCCAGCAGGAAAAUGAGUCUGUCAGAGAGAAAAGAGCUACUGCUGCUUUGGAUAAUGUCACUGGUCGUCUGUUUGACUUUGAACGCCGCACAUCACUGGAACUCUCAGAAAUCACAGAGCCACGCUUAACUUUUACAAAGCCAGGGGACAGCAACAUGUCUGAUCUCAUGUGUAGUGUGGUAGGACAGUCAUACCACGGACAUCUUCAUUACCACUGCCUACGCCACGAGGACACACGCUUAUUGUACAGAGACUCUGAUCACAAACCCUCUCACCCUGAUUAUUCAAACCAGUCCAGUGAUGAAGAGGAGGAGGAGGCCAACACAGGUCGCAGGUCUCUGAGGCCGCACUUUGCUACAGAAACCACAGACCAGGUUCUACUGCUUGACAUUAGUGCGAAACCUGCGGAGUUGCUUGUGGCUUACAAACACAAAUCAGACGACAUCGCUUUCUGCAAAAAUGACAUAUUUGGGAGUGGGGUCAGAGAGCAACAGGAUGAAGCUACAUCUGUAGCAGGUGUUGAAAAGAAAAAAAGUAGGACUGCAGCAAGACUUGGGGCUAAGAGUUUUGAUGAGUGCAAGAAUGAAUCUUGGGUCGGAAAGACAAAUUUAGAAAGACCCGGUGAUGGCGCCAUUCAAAAAGCUGUCUCCAACCCUGAGGAGGGUGAAAGCCAGAGCGGCAUUUUGGCAGCAUGUUCACCUUCUUGUAUACCAGACUGUGUACAAGCCUCCAUAUCAUCUACCUUGUCUGUGUGCAUACCAGCUACUCUCUCGGCCAGCAUGCCAAGAAAUAUAUCAGCCCAUCUGUCAACACCACUCCACCAACCUUUCCAGUGUUCUCUGUGCGACCGCUCCUUCAGCCAGCGAGGCUCUCUGAAUAGACAUGUGCGGAGCCACCUUGGCGUACGGCCCUUUCCCUGCCCAUGCUGCCCUAUGACCUUUUCUCGCCAGUACCGAGUCACAGAGCACAUGCGUGUUCACCAGCGGUUCACCCAUGGGAAUGACUUUCACAAGACCUCUGCUUCUUCGAUUUGAGGGACAGUGUUCAUUCAAAUGUUUUGCUCUGUUUGCAUUUAAGUUCAGGACAAUUAUACUUUUAUUCCACAUUUUACAAAUACACAGAGAAUUGGGGCAUUUUGGUUCUGAGAUUCAAUUGAGAAUUCGUGGGUGUCUAUGCCCUCUAGAGGCCAAUAGUCCAAGUAACGACAAUAAACAAUAAACACUGAACAAUAAAUGAUUGAAAGCAGCUAUUAUCAGUAUUUCUGUGUUACUAAUGGAACACAUGACUACUUACGUUCAGCAAAUGGCCAGAGGAUCGGACACCAAAUGAAUGUUUCUGUGUGUGCUUGAUACAUAAAUAAGCAACUGUUUGCUUGUUGAUUGUUCUCAUAUGCAUUAAGCAAAGUAUUACUGUAGUCUGCAGCAGAAGUGGUAUAAAUAAAAUAAUAAUGCUUAAAAUAUACUUACAUAACUUCCCACAUAUCAGAACUAAAGCAAAGAAAAUGUCAUACUGACCAGUGAUGUGAAUAAGUAAUAAACCUUGUAGAAACUGGCACCAAGUGUUGAGACAGCAUGUCAAACCUUUGUGAAUACACAGUCCACUACACAAAUAAAAGAUGAUAACGGUAUUAUAUAGUAUGAACUGAAUUACUUUCUCCUUUAUUGCUCUUGAGUUUACACGGUAAAUAUUGAAUUGUUACAGGGAUCUUGUAAAACAGUUGGUU